AUCACAGUCGUUCAGAGAUGGACCUGUCAGCUCCGGGUUCUGAUCCCAGUGAUGACGCCCUUAGUCUCAGAAGCCGUUCGGUCCCCGGGCUCAACGAAACAGAGUUUUCUGACGAGGAUGCGGAGGAAGACAUUGAUGCCCUGAUGUCGGCCCACGGCAAGUCUGCCGGCCGACGCCUCAGCAACGCAGUGUCAACGUCUUCCACUCCUGGUUCAGAAAGAAGGUGGGGGUACCUCAAUGUCCCCGACUCGGAUGCUGAGACUAGUAGUAUAAACAGCAUGAUGAGUAUGUACAGUGAGACUGGUGACUAUGGCAACGCCAGAGUGAGCGGUGAGAUCCUGCUGAACAUCAGCUACAGCUACAAAACCGGUGCUCUCAGCGUCCUGGUCAAAGAGUGUCACAACCUGGCAACGGGAGACGAGAGGAGGCAACGCACAGAUGCCUAUGUGAAGACUUACCUGUUGCCAGAUACGUCACGACAGAGCAAGAGGAAGACGAGCAUUAAGGCUAACACCAUUAACCCUGUUUUCAACGAGAAUCUGAGGUAUGUUAUCAGCCACUCGCAGCUGGAGACACGAACUCUGCAGGUCUCUGUGUGGCAUCACGACCGGUUUGGACACAACAGCUUCCUCGGAGAAGUGGAGCUGACCUUCGAUACGUGGGAGUUUGAUUCUCAGAUAGAGGAGUGGUACGCUCUGCAGCCAAAGGUGGAGAGUAGUAUAGACUCCACGUUGCAGUAUAAAGGAGAACUGACAGUUGUGUUGAAGUAUAUACCUGCAGAGAAGAACCUCAUGCUGCCUCUGGACCAAGUGCAAGUGAAGAAAGGGUUCCUGAAAAGUAAGAAGACGAGCAGCUUCACUCUGCCUAAAGGGGGCAUGGUUGAGCUUCUAGUCAAGGGAGCCAAAAAUCUAACUGCUGUCAAGUCUGGAGGCACCUCUGAUCCUUUUGUAAAAGGGUACCUGCUCCCUGACAGCAACAAAUCAACCAAGCACAAGACGGCAGUGGAGCGACGCACAGUGAACCCACUGUGGAACCACACCUUCACCUAUUGCGGCCUGCAGCCAGGAGACCUCAACAAUGUCUGUCUGGAGCUCACCGUGUGGGACAAAGAGGCUCUGGCCAGCAAUGUCUUUCUGGGAGGGGUCAGGCUGGGAGCAGGCACAGGCAAAAGCUAUGGGAACGAGGUAGACUGGAUGGACUCAUAUGGGGAGGAACAGCGGCUGUGGCAACGCAUGAUUGAAAACCCAGAGGUCCCUCAGGAGUGCACGCUGAUGCUGCGAUCCAGCAUGCGCAAGUAUAACACAUGAGCCGGUUUGAAGCACAGACGCAGAGGACAAAAGAGAAUAACAGAGGGAGAGGAGAAAGAGAAAGAAGUGGUGUGAGGAGAGAGUGGAGAGACAGUCCUCCCUAAUCCCCCCCCCCCCGAUAUGCUCUGUUCAGAUCCCCCCUCUGUCCAGAACAGCCAGUCAUGCCUUACACACUCAUCUACAUGUGCGCCUCUGCCCUCUAAAGCAUCUAGUUUUCACCAAGCACUGCUGUUUACUGCUGUGUAUGAAAAAAAAAAAAACAUAUGUUGUAUGUAUAUAACUUACUGUACCUACUGAAUAAGCACACUUGUGACUCCUGAUGUGUCCGUCCUCGUCUCUGUGAUUCAUGUAUCAGAGUCAUUUCUGCAUGUAGUUACAGCUGAUGGAGACCAUUUGUAAGGCAGUAGAUGAGACACUGAUCAAUAAUGUAGAGACUUAGACAUUCCCUUUAUGAGCUGACAAGCUGCUCUGAAGCACACAAUGACGUUAAGAUUCAUCCCCUGGUAAACAGUCAUGUACAGAGGUGGAAAGUGACUAGUGUUAGUACUACUGUACCAUCCCAAAAGUAGCUGAACACAACCAAAUUCUGCUGGGGGUGAAAGAAGAAAUACUGCUUUCAAAAUAAGAUUUACCUUUUCAGUUACUUGGUUAACUGUUGAUAAAAUGUCAGAGAAAUGUGAAAAAUGGUCAUUGAAUUUUUCAUUGAGUUGUAGGCGAUGUCUAAAAAAUUUGAAGACCGAGCUGCACCACCAUCAGUUUUGAUUCAUUGUGAUUAAUUAUUUAGUCAACUAACUUCCAGAGCAUGUGAAACAUGGCCAUUGAAUUUCCCACCGCUUUAGAUUUCUUGUUUUGUCUGACCAAAACACAACAAAACAUACUGAAAUACAACAUAGAAAAGCAGGAAAUUGUCAUAUUUCCGACGCUUGAACCAUCAAAUACUGAGCAUGCCAGUCCUCUGUUCAGUCAGUCCACAGCUGAAAUAUCUAAACAAUAACUGGAUGGAUUAAAGUGAAAUUUUGUGUGGUCCCCAGAGGAUGAGUCCCUACUGAGUUUGGUGAGACAUUUCUUGGUUAAAGUUUUCAUUUAUCCUGUGAAAUAUCUUAACAUUUACAUUUAGUUAGUGAAUCCCAAUGAAUCCUGAUGACUUUGGUGAACCUAAUUUACCCUAAUGCCAUCAUGGAGGUGAUGUUUGUGGUUCUUAGUAAAAUAUCUCAAUACCAUUGGUUGGAUUGUCGUCAACAUUCACAGCCACCUGAGAAUGAAUUAAUUGCAAUACUUUUGGUGAUUCACUGUUUCUUGAGCGCCACCAUCAAUUCAAACCUUUUUCAACAUUUUGAUUUAUGAUCAAAAAACUGGAAAACUGAUGACGUGCCCAUCAGCCCUUAAACCUAAAGCAAAACUUUUUUGCACUGAACAUUAAACUUGCUUUGCAUCGGCAUGCUAGCAUUGUCAUUGUGAGCAAGUUCAAGUCCUUCAAAAAUGUACUUUCAGAAACAAGAGUACUCCCACUCAGUUACUUUCCACCCCUGGUUGUAUGAAAAUAAAAUAUCUGUGGCACAAAGUCUAGACAGAUUACACAAUUUAGACUAGCUUCAAUGUACAUUACAUAACACUGUAUCAGUGUGAUGAUAGAAACUGCAUGGUACUGUAUUAGAGAAAACUGAGAUAGAAGAACAAAACAAAGUUACGUAAAGCACUGAUAAUGACAUCACUUUACAUUCACAAGAGGAAGUGCGAUUUUCUGAUUUUCCCAGGAGCCCUGAGGCACGGGGGGCUGUGUGUUAUAGAGUGAGUCAGCACCAAGGCGAGCUGCCUUCAUCUCAGGGGGAGCCUAAUAAUGAGUCAGUGACAGUCACCUUGUCCCUGUCGCCCAGGGCCCUGCGACCCACCAUUCCUCUGAUGAAUCACACAAUUCACAAAAAACGAUUCUCAAGUCAAACCCCGUACAACCAUUUUUCUCGUGGAAUGCCAAUUCUGUCCGCCUGUCCUUGGCAAACCCUCUGCUCUGAAGUCUCAGAGCAAAAUAAUUUCACACCCCACAAUUACAGUAAUAAUACAUGGUGUUCACUGUACAACAUACUUUAGAUGAGAGACUCGUGUAAUACCUGAUUACUGAAGCAACUCUUGAUGUACAGCAUGAACUGUCUCUGUUGGUCUGGUUUCCAAGCAUCAGAUUCACUGUAUCCAAGUUGAUUUUGUCCCAAAUGUGUUACAGGAAUAUUUUGAAAUAAACACAUCUUUCCAUA